UCUUUUGACCCUCCUCUGAGUCCCUUCGCCAAAGGCUCCCUUUUAUGGAACAAACUCUCCAGCUUUGUUAUAUCUUCGUCAUUCCUCGUCCUGGUAGUAUUAUGGGCAACUACAGCUCGCAUUAUCACGCUUAUUCGUCGCUUAUUGAAAGGAUCCACACCACAUAUAUAUGCAUGGGAAGACAAUUCCGAACACUGGAAACAGGAAAAAGUCGUCAAAGACAUUGCAUAUUAUGCCCAACACUGUGGAUACGACAUCAAAGACGAGGAAGUGGAAACACAGGACGGUUACUUCCUUCGACCAAAAUCGGAUGGUCGAGGCGGCUUCCCUGUUCUCAUACUGCAUGGCCUCUUUCAGUCCAGUGGAAGUUUUGUUACCUCUGAGGAACGUUCCCUUGCAUUUUGGUUAUCGGAACAUGGCGGAUAUCAA